AUGAAUGAAACGGCAGCUUUCAACAUUUUGCCUAGCGAUUUGUCGCUUCGAUGGCAGCUCGUGGCGUCAUGCCUGGGUAUUUUCCUUUCUGUGUGGAUAGCACAGGUAUUCCUAUCUCCCGAUAUCCUAGCUGAUUUUCCCAAAGUCGGCAAUGGGGGAGUUUCCGCUCGAAGGAAGCAAUUCGCUUCUGGCGCUGCAUGGAGCCUAUACCUAGAAGGCUACCAGUUGGUUAGUUUCUUCGCCAUCUCUGCGACUCAAAUACUUACGGGCAACCAGAUCAAGAAAGGGAAUGACUACUUCCGAAUUGCGACCACAGCACCUGCCGAGACCAUCGUUAUAUCGUCGAAGUAUCUAGGUGAGCUUAAGAAGCUACCUGACGACAUCUUGAGCUCUACAGAAGCGAUUGCAGAGGCAAGUUCUGCAAAGCCGCUAUACCAGAGUCAAACCAGAAAUUCCGGGACUACCACACACAGUGAAAGCGUCGCUGACUCCUGCAUUAAGCUUAAUCCAGUCAUCUCCAUAGAGGUUCACGAAUCAAUGGAACUAGAGCUUCCGCAGACUGGAGAAUGGUCCUCUGUCAACAUUUACGAAAAGUUGCUCCGUAUCGUCGCCAUGGUAUCCGGUCGCGUCUUCGUCGGACCCGAGCUAUGCCGUAACGAGCAGUACAUUGAUGCAGCAAUCAACUACACAAACGACUUGAUGACGGCCUCCCAUGUUGUGGCAAUGAUACCUCAGUGGAUGCGACCCGUCGUAGCGCCGUUUAUACCAUUCGUCAAGCGAGUACAUCAACGCGUCAGAGAGGCUAGUUAUUUUCUAGGCCCCGUUGUUGCUGCCAGACUAGAAUCCGCCAAGACUAUCAAUGCCGAAAAGCCUGAUGAUAUGCUACAAUGGCUUAUCGACAACCAGGAGAAAGGAGAUGGGAUAAAGGAUGCUGAAGAAUUAGCCAAGAUGCAGCUUGGGGUUAGCUUUGCGGCAAUUCACACCACCACUUUAGUGACCACCAAUGCGUUUUACUCCCUUGCAGCCAUGCCAGAGCUAAUACCGAUGCUCCGUGAGGAUGUCAGGCAGGCACUUGCGGCAUCAGAUGGUGAGUUUACUAAUCUGUCUAUGCAAAACAUGAAGAAGCUCGACAGCUUUCUCAAGGAAUGCUUGCGCUUCCAUCCACUGAGUGCUGCCUCCUUUCAACGCAAGAUUAUCAAGCCGUUCACUCUGUCGAAUGGCCAUUAUAUGCCCUCGGGGGUCUUUCUAGAGGUUCCUGCCGCAGGCAUAGCCUUUGACCACGAGAUUUUCGAAGAUCCUCAUACCUUCGACGCACUCCGCUUCUACAAACUCCGGCAGUCUAAGGACAAGGAGUCCUCAGGCGCUAAAGUUGCUGAAGUGGUCGCCAGUAGUCAGUUUGUAGGCGUAGGCGCGACCAGUCUUACCUUCGGCUAUGGGAGGCAUGCCUGCCCCGGCAGGUUUUUCGCUGUGAAUGAGAUUAAAAUGAUUAUGGCUGUGGCUCUGCUAGAAUACGAGGUGAAGAAUCCCGAUGGUAUUACUGGAAGAUAUGAAAAUAAGUGGCAUGGCGCACUUAGCGUCCCAGAUGCUUCGAAGACGAUUAUGUUCCGCAAGAUCGCUUCAUAG